GAUUUAGCGCGAAAUAUUUACGGAGAAUUUAAGAAUAGCGCGAAACGACAACAUUUGUUUCAAAAGUUCCAAACAUUCUUCGAGAUCGAUGUCCACAAAAUUCUUCGCCCAGCACAAACGCGUUGGUUAUCUCUGAAAGCGGUUGUUUCAAGAAUAAUUGAACAGUGGCCUGCCUUAGAAUUAUAUUUUAGAGAACAAAUGUUAACAAGUAGAUUAAAAUCUAUUGAACAGAUUACCCAAGCUCUCAACAAUCCAUUAAUUAAACUUCUCUAUCUCUUUUUGGAUUUCAUUUUACCCAAAUUUACCGAGUUAAAUGAACUUUUCCAAUCAUCAUCGGUAGUUGUUACGAGUCUUCACGAGAAAAUGUGCCGAAGCUAUCAAGAAUUGUUGGAAACAUACAUGUCAAGGGAUUAUAUUGAUCGAACUGAUUUAAGUGAACUAGAUCCAUGCAAUAAGACACAUUAUUUACCUCCAGAGCAUAUGUACUUCGGUGUUGAAGUCAGAAAAAUGUUGGAUCAGAAUGAAAUUCGGAAUAACAAACAAUUAAAAUCAGAUUUCACAAUAAUAUGUGUUGAAUUUUUAGUAGAAGGUUGUAGCGAAAUAAAGAAACGCUUCAACUUUUCGAAUCCUAUUUUGAAAUUGAUCACUAAUCUUAAUCCCCAAAAAGCGAUGUUAAAAAAGACAAGAGAUUUAAUACCAAGUUUGCUGCCGUUAAUGGAGGCAAAAAAACUAGAAAAACUACAUCAGAAUCUACGAAUAAAAAACUUUGUGACUUGUA